UGUGGCUCCUUCCUGCCGAAGUACUUCCUUGCACUCACAGUGGUCCCUCUGCUGACUCUCUUCUUGUCCUCAGGCCCCACCAGCGCCAUCCAGGUGACUGUGUCAGACCCCUACCACGUGGUGAUCCUAUUCCAACCCGUGACCCUGCCCUGCACCUACCAGUCGACCGCGACCCCCACGGCGCCCAUCGUGAUCUGGAAGUACAAGUCUUUCUGCCGGGACCGCAUCGCUGAUGCCUUCUCUCCUGCCAGUGUUGAUAACCAGCUCAACGCCCAGCUGGCAGCUGGUAACCCAGGCUACAACCCCUACGUGGAGUGCCAGGACAGCGCACGCACCGUCAGGGUUGUGGCCAUCAAGCAGGGCAAUGCCGUGACCCUGGGAGACUACUAUCAGGGCCGAAGGAUCACCAUCACAGGAAGUACGUGGGAUUGGACGGGGGGCUUCUCCAGCCUGGAUCAGGGAUGGCCUGGGCUGGCCCUGGUCAGCAUAAUCUGUCUCUCUUUUGUCCCUCCAGGGAGGACCUCGGGGGUGGCCGAGCUCUUACCUGGUUUUCAGGCGGGGCCCAUGGAAGACUGGCUGUUCGUGGUCGUGGUCUGCUUGGCUGCCUUCCUUGUCGUCCUCCUGCUGGGCAUCUGCUGGUGUCAGUGCUGCCCCCACACCUGCUGCUGCUACGUCAGGUGCCCCUGCUGCCCGGAAAAGUGCUGCUGCCCCGAGGCCCUAUAUGCUGCAGGCAAAGCUGCCACUUCGGGUGUCCCAAGCAUUUACGCCCCCAGCACCUAUGCCCACCUCUCCCCUGCCAAGACCCCGCCCCCACCAGCCAUGAUCCCCAUGGGCCCUCUCUACAAUGGGUACUCUGGAGACUUCGACAGGAAUAGCUCAGUUGGCGGCCACAGCUCCCAGGUACCCCUGCUUCGUGACACAGACAGCAGCGUGACCUCUGAGAUCCGCAGUGGCUACAGGAUUCAGGCCAACCAGCAGGACGACUCCAUGCGGGUCCUAUACUACAUGGAGAAGGAGCUGGCCAACUUUGACCCUUCUCGACCCGGGCCCCCCAAUGGCCGUGUAGAACGAGCCAUGAGUGAAGUCACCUCUCUCCAUGAGGACGACUGGAGAUCCCGGCCUUCACGGGUCCCUGCCCUCACCCCCAUCAGGGAUGAGGAAUGGAGUCACCACUCCCCCCGGAGUUCCAGGCGGUGGGAGCAAGAGGCCCCCCUGGAGCGGUCAGGGAACAGCCGGGGUGCGGGGCGGCCCCGAGCCCGCUCUGUGGAUGCUCUGGAUGACUUUACCCGGCCGGCCUCUGCUGAAUCAGGGAGGAGAUCUCCCCCAAGCAGCGGGAGGAGAGGCCGGGCCUAUGCACCCCCGCGAAGUCGCAGCCGCGAUGACCUCUACGACCAAGACCAAGACGACUCCAGGCACGUUCCGCACUCCCGGGAUCCCCACUACGAUGACUUCAGGUCUAGGGAGCAACCUCACGCUGACCCUCGGGCCCGCUACCAGCGCUCCCGGGACCCUCGGGAUGACGGCUCCAGAUCCAGGGACCCCCCCUAUGACGGGCGGCUACUAGAAGAGGCCUUGAGGAAAAAGGGGCCAGCGGAGAGGAGGCCUUACAGGGAGGAAGAGGAAGAAGAGGAAGCCUACUACCCUCCAGCGCCUCCCCCUUACUCUGAGACUGACUCUCAGGCUUCACGGGAGCGGAGGCUUAAGAAGAACUUGGCCCUGAGUCGGGAAAGUUUAGUCGUCUGAUCUCAACAUUUUGUAUGUAGUUUUUGUAUUUUUUUUUUUUUUAAUUGGAGGGAUUAUUGAUGAUCUCGUAAAACUAAUAAAACUUCUAAUCACAA